AGGAUUUCGUUUGCGCCAGUCGGUUUUAAUAUAUAUAUAUAUAUAUAUAUAUAUAUGUACAUAUAUUUAAUGCAUCUAUUGUAAAUUGACAUAAAGUGCCAAGCGUGGGAGAAGGAGGUGAAUGAGGGCGAAGACAAAUGAUUUCCUGUGUAUAGGGUCAAUGAGAGCUGUACUAGCUGGUGGCUAGUCUCUUCCUAAUCUCUGUAUUUAUGGAGACCCCGAGAAGUGAAAGGCUGAGGGAUUCAGCUUUCUCAGGGUCCCUCUGGCGCUUAGAACGCCAGCCGCGUUUCCUUUCCCCUCAACCAUUACCCUGACCAUACAAGGAGAGACAGCUGUUGGGGGCGUCUCCAGGAUCUAAAGAUAGAGUCCCUCGCCUGAGACUAGAAAAUCCACUGGGCAGCUGGAGUCGCUAUGGCACAACAGCACGCCAAGACCCUGUGGUAUGACAGGCCCAAGUAUGUGUUCAUGGAGUUUUGUGUUGAGGACAGCACUGAUGUCCGCGUGCUCCUGGAGGACCACCGCAUUGUGUUCAGCUGCAAGAAUGGUGAUGGAGUGGAGUUGUACAAUGAGAUUGAGUUCUAUGCCAAGGUGAACUCCAAGGACUCCCAGGAUAAGCGCUCUGGCCGCUCUAUCACUUGCUUUGUGAGGAAAUGGAAGGAGAAGGUGGCCUGGCCACGGCUCACUAAGGAGGAUAUCAAGCCAGUGUGGCUGUCUGUGGACUACGAUAACUGGAGAGACUGGGAAGGGGAUGAAGAGGUGGAGCUGGCUCAGGUGGAACAUUAUGCAGAGCUUUUGCAGAAGGUCAGUACCAAGAGACCUCCUCCUGCCAUGGAUGACCUAGAUGAUGAUUCUGACAGUGCGGAUGCAGCAAGUAAUUAACUUUUGUGAGAGCAGAUCUGGGGGAGGGGGUGGCUACCUUCUGUUUCUCUAAAAAGCCAUGGCCUGUACUUUAGUCAGGUAUCUUGUGUUCCAAAGGCUUCAGAGAUCUCUGAACUUUGGUAAAAUUUCUCUGUUGAGGGUCCUUUGUGUGUUUUAUGUGUUCUUGCUAGGCACUUGAGUUUGAUGUUGCAUCAGAAUAGUUGAGGAGAGAAGAGUAGCUUCCUAUUUAUUGACUUAGAAUUUCUGUGUUUGGUCUGAUUAUUUAAAUAUGGUGUACAUUUGGCAGAGCAAAAGCCAAGGAAGAAAUAG